AUGGAGGAGGAGGAGGAUGAUAGAGUUUUCGAUUCCGUUCUCAUUGUCUUUGAGAAGAUUUCUGAGAAGGAACAAAGAGAGAGUGGACAUUUAUGCACCGGAAUGCUUCACUGCUUAGGAGUUCUCUUAAACUGUCAGCAGAGUAAUCCUUUUGCUCACAUUAGAGACAAAAAUGGCCUCAUUACAAAUCUUGUUUCAGGUCUUCAAUUACGAAGAUGCUACUACACUGGGCAACCCAUUAGGGAUGCUACUACAUAUCUGCCAUCUGAUCCCAUUGAUUUGCUUUUUCUACUUGGUCAAAGGAACACCCAUAAUUUGGAAUUAUCUUCUUGUCAAUCUGCCAUUUUGCUGAUCUUAUACAUCAGUUCUAUACAUGAUGAAAGACUUGCAGAUGAUAAGAUGGUUUUAGCCUCUCUGGAGCAAUAUAUUUUGGUCAACAGCAGUGAUCUCCAAAGUGGAGCCACUGAUUCGUUCACAGUGAUGAUGCUGUUGUUUCUUUACGGCCUUUAUAGGGGUCUUGCCGAGGUUAGCUACCAAAUCCCCUAUAGUCCAGAAGCUGAAAGAAUCCUGUUUCAGAUAGUAACUGAAAAUGAAUGGGAUUUGUCUUCUGCAAGAAUUCAUCCAAUGUCAUUGAAAUGGUUCUUUCAACAAGAGAAAUUGAGAAACUCAUUAUCUUAUCAGCUUCUGAAAUUUUGCAGAAGGAAUACAUCAAAUGGCUCUGAAAUCACUGCCCAUGGAAAGAAUAGUCAUAUAUUAAAUGUUAAUGCAAUUGCAGAGUUAAUAGUAGAAGAACAUAGUUAUGGCGCCACAAUUUUGGUGUGCUUAUUGACAGAGCUUGUUCAAACAGAAGGUCAAGAGCAAGAGAUAAUUUCUGUAGUCAAUCUCAUGGCAACAAUUGUCGACAUAUAUCCAACCAUUUCAGACCAGUUAUGCUUUCUUGGUAUUGGAAAUGCAGCUCGUACUCUUUAUUGUGAGUCCUCCUAUACACAGUCCCCACAGAUAUCCGCAGUUGUGUUGGUUCUUAUUUUUAAAAUUCUAUGCUCGGUGCAACAUGAUACUCUUUCUGAUGAUGAAAGUUGGCUUGCAGUGAUUGUGAAGUUGAUAAACAGUGUCACCACAAAAGCUGCAGACAUGUGGAAUCAUGAAUGUCUCUUGGUGAUUGGCAUACUUUGCUUGAUUUUGCACCAUUCUGCUAAUGCAGUGCUCACAGAAGCUUCAAAAACCAUCAUUUUCAGUAGUUCUCUAGUCUCUACAAUCAACAGUGCAGUUCAUGCAGCAUGUCUUAAGGGGCCAGCAUUGGUUGACCAUGAUGAAGGAACAAGCUCUGGAGAAAUUUUGAUAUUUGUGCUUCUUCUAAAUUACUUCACUUUAAGAAGUUUGCACAUUGUUGUACCAGGGAUUAUGGACUGGAAAGUUUUCUUAGAUCCCUCAGGUAGGAUGCAGUCAUUUUCCUUUAUUGGCAUCUACUGCCAUGACCUGUGCAGGCUAAUGCAUUUUGGAUCUCCUGUGGUCAAGCUUGCUGCUUCAUACUGCCUGUUGGAGUUGUUUACCAGAAUAUCUGAGCAGAGGAAUAGAACAGGGGGGGAGUUGCUAUGUGCCACGAAGUACCUAAGUUCUGUAAUGGCUGUAUUAGAAGGCUUAGUUUUCUACAGUGACCUCAGAGUGGCUAUGAAUUGUGGCCUGUGCCUGUCAAUGAUCAUGGGGUGGGAAUUGCCGGACAUGCAUGAGACAAGUAUGGAUGCAAAGAAUACUUGGAGUAGGAUGGUUGUGGAAGAGCUCGCAAUGUCUUUAGCUGUCCCGUGCCUGGCAUCAAAAUCUUUCAUUAAUCUUCACAAGCCUGCAAUUCAUGUUGCAGUUGCUCUGUUAAAACUGCAGAAGAUUCCUAAGUGGAUGAGAUCCGUAUUUGAUGAUACUUGCAUAUCUAGCAUAAUUCAAAACCUUGCGGCUAAUAAUUUGAGCACAGAAAUUGUCCUAUUAUUUCGAGCUCUAUUGAACUCAGAUUUCUUAAAGAUGGAACAAAUUACUAGCUUAAUUCAGUUGCUCCAGGUGUGCAGAAAACAAAAGUACACUGACAACACCAAGGAUGAUGGUGCGCAAGAGCAUAGAGUGGUGAUCAGCAACCUGGAUGAUUUGGGACAAGUUAGUGAGUAUCUCAUUCGUUUGAUGUCAUCAGAGUCAUCUUUAGAUAAGGAUUCUGGAGGAUCACAUCUUGGGAAUAAGAGAUUGUUAGAAGAAAUAGAGCUUUUCUUUAGAACUUUAACGGUACAGGAUGGAAUCUAAGAUCAUUGUAUUAAUUCAGCUUCCUUUGGUUGUAUCUAUACUUAUUGGGAUCAGUUGUGGUGCAGAGUGAGGCACUAGCAAGUAUGCAUCCUUUGUGAAUAUCUAAUGCACAAAAAGCUUAGAACUGAAAAUAUAUAUAAGGGGUCCCUGAGUCUGCUCCAUAAUAAGUAUCAAUGUGUAUUUGAACAAAAUAUGCAUAUUUGGCAAUGAAAUAGACCAAUAGCUCCUCA